AUGCGAUUCAACGAAUAUACAGAGCGUGCAAAAAAGGUUAUAAACAAGAUUUUCGUUAACGUUGAUCCUGUUGGACAGAGGAAACAGGAGUUCAAGGAAAAGGUCACUUCUAAGGAGAGGAGGUUGACUGAAGUGCGCUUAGACUCUGCUCCAUGUUCGUCGAGUGCCAAUCAGAGUUCGAAUAAAGUGGAUGAGUUGACGGCAGCCCCAGCGGAAAAAGAGGGGAUGCUCAGCCUGCUUCAGCAGAUCGAAAUGCGGUUCAAAGGCGUGGUAAGUAAAAUGCUCGAGAUGACUAGAAAUAAUGGAGAGACAGAAUUUAAACAGAAGAUUCUGGAGUUCUUCGAGCAAGAGCAAACGUGGCUGCUCGAAAAACAAAAGGAGGCUGAGAAAUACCGCCAGGGGAAGAUGAAUCAGAAGGACUCAAAUAGUGAGAUGGAGCAGCCCGGAACAAGCCAAAUGAACGAACGGGAUCAACAGGAGGCUGAGGCAUCUGAAGACCGAGUAAUUUUGCUCUUCACCCAUGUGACAGAGGUUUUAUUCAAUUCGCAGCGUGAUUUCUACGCAAAAAGAAUCCGCAAUGGGGCAAACGACGAUCAGAACUCUCCUCUCAUUUAG